UUUUUCACCCGCCUUUUCUUGUAGCUCCACCUCACUUUCUCUCUCUCUCUCACACACACACACACACGCAAAUCUGAAGUUUCGUGUUGAUGGUGGGAACUCACCUCUCGUCUCUUCUCCUACAAACCAUAUAACCAGGGCCCAUUAAAAAUGGUUAAAGGGCGCUGCUGCAUAGUAUGAGAGGCGUCAUUCUCGUUCUUUAAAGGUCUUAAGGAGCAGAAUCUAGAGAAGAUCGAGACCAGAGGGAGGGAGGGAGUAUGGAGGCGACAAUGGCGAUCGGUGAGAAGAAUGUGGGAGUGGUCUUUGUCAUCGCCAUGAGAGUGUUCCUCGACGUGCUGAGCUUCUUCGUCUUCUGCCUCCUCGAUCUCCUUGACGCCAUACUCUGCUACCUCUUCAAGGUCAUCGACUUCCUGGUGGAGCACGAGUGGCGGCCCUGCUACUGCUCCUCCGGCCAGGACGCCAUCGUCAGCAGCGGCAAGAUCUUGGUGUCCGAGCAGGGCCGGUCUAAGAUUGUCUGCCUCUGCGCCAGCGAGCUCCGGCUGGAGGACAUCUCCGAGACGCUCUAUUCGCGAACGUCGAUGGUGUCGGAGAUCAAGAGAUCGACUGCAGCGAGAGUCAUGGAUCUCAAGGGGAUGGCCAAGGACGGCUCGAACAUGGUCACGGCGCAGGAGACGCACCGGAGUGGUGCGGUCAGGACGGCCUACCGCAUCAACUCCACCAUUGUCGAGAUGCUUCAGGCCGGGAAGUUUGGCCGUCAAAUGGCUCAUCCCGUCCCCCGGUGGUCCGACUGCUCCUGCCACAAGUGCGUCUCCUGGUGCACCUCUCCCAAGGAAGCCCUCUAUGUUCGUGCCGACGGGCUCAGAGAGCCGAAGAACAAGGAGUUCACGGACGUCCUUUUCAUCCACGGCUUCGUCUCCUCGUCGGUCUUUUGGACGGAGACUCUCUUCCCCAACUUUUCCGACGACGUCAAGUCGAAGUACAGGCUGCUCGCCAUCGAUCUCAUGGGGUUCGGCCGGAGCCCCAAGCCGAGCGACUCGCUCUAUACUCUGAGCGAGCACAUUGACAUGAUCGAGCGGUCCGUGCUGGACGCCUACAGGGUCAAGUCGUUCCACAUUGUGGCGCACUCGCUUGGCUGCAUCUUAGCCAUCGCCCUCGCAGUCAAGUACCCCAACGCCGUCAAAUCCCUCACCUUGCUCUCCCCGCCAUACUUUCCGGUGCCCAAAGGGGAGCAGGGCAGCCAGUACGUGCUCCGGCAAGUGGCGCCGAGACGCGUGUGGCCGCCGAUGGCGUUCGGGGCGUCGGUGGGGUCCUGGUAUGAGCACAUCAGCAGGUUAUGGUGCCUGAUGGUCAGCAGGAACCACCGCCUCUGGGACUUCAUCGCAAGGCAGGUCACCAGAAAUAGGUUGAGGACGUACAUGGUGGAGGGAUUCUUCUGUCACACCCACCACGCCGCCUGGCACACCCUCCACAACAUCAUCUACGGCGCUGCCAACAAGAUGGACGGCUACCUGGAGCGGUUGGCGAAGCUGGACCGCUGCCCCGUCACGGUGCUCCACGGUACCGACGACGAGGUGCUGCCGCUGGACUGCAGCUACGCCUUCAAAUCGAAGGUCCCCACGGCCCAGCUGAAGGUCAUCGAGAACAAGGACCACCUCACCAUCGUCAUCGGCCGGCAGAAGGCCUUCGCCAGAGAGCUCGAACAGAUCUGGGCAACCACUGCCCACUGAUCCCCAUCUUCUGCAAGAAUAGCUAGGCAUGGAAAUUACAGAGCUUCUGUUCUUGUUAUUGUGUGCAUGAUGUGUGUAAGAGAGAGAGAGUGAUAAAGAGAGAGAGAGAGUGAUAAAGAGAGAGAGAGAGAGUAGAAGAAAGAAGGGGAGAAGGAAGCGGCUGCAUGUAUAAGCGUCGCACCCUGAAAGAGUCUGAACAGACUUUCAAAACAAAGGUAUAAUUUUAUUCUUCAUCGUUCUUUAAAGUUAAUCGUGUUGUUACGGUCUUAUGUGAACUGGGUACCAAUCUCUCUCUCUUUGG